CUUACCAGUCGCUUGUACAUGUGAAGACACAUAGCACAACAUGGGGUCGGAUCAGUAUCGAGCACCAUGCAAAAUGAUGUGUGUACUGUGCCAGAAAUCAGACGAAACCGAAAUUACCGGCGCUCUUUCAUCCAAAGAGAACAUUUCAGCUCAUCAAAACUGUUUGUUGUUUGCAUCAGGAAUCUACUGCAAGAACUCGCCCACCUAUGAUGACCUGUUUGGAUUUGCUGUAGAUGAUGUAAAGCAAGAGCUGAGGAGAGGAAAGAGAUUAAGAUGCCCACACUGUGGGAAACUGGGCGCUACAGCAGGAUGUGAUGUAAAGCGUUGUAAGUACUCGUACCAUUAUCCCUGCGCCAUAGAGGCCCAUGGCAGAGCCAUUGAAGACAUUGCUAAAGGAAGUUAUAAAUUGUUCUGUAAAAAGCAUGAUCCACAAGCCAACAGAACAAGUUCAGUAAAUUCCUCAACAUCUAGUCCUAAUCCCUCAAGAUAUGUAUCAGCUGACAGUAAUGGACGAAUGCUUGAAAAGAGUGAAUCCAAUUCAUCUACAGGGUCAUCAGAAAAGGGAUUUCCCAGCAUGAAGAAGAGGAAGCUGACUGUAACAUUCAUAGGUUCCGAUGAUGAAAAUCAGACCGCCAUUGACUCCAUGUUUGCUCCAGUCGAGUCAGAUCUGGAUGACAGUACACCCCCAAAAGAGCACAAUAGUGAAUUUGAUUCACCAACAAGGUCACCAGAAGUGGAAACACCACGAAGGAAGAAAACAAAGUUGUUUCGCAAAACAGGCCUUGCAUACUCAGAUGAUGAAAUUCAGUGCUGCACUGAAAAUACAAGGCCCUGUGAAGAACUCAAUCCAUCAAGCACAGGAGCUGAUUGUGAUGACACUGACAUUGACUCAGAUGUGUCUCAGAGUUUAUUGCUUCCAUAUACUGGCUUUAUGGAAUCAGGACUUUCAAUGGAAUCAGAGAAUAAUCUAGAACCUUGUUCUCUUUCCGUCCCAGCUGCUGUGUGUAACUCACCAGGGUCUGUCGUUGUGUCUAAUUAUGGGGAAUCACCACCCACCACAAUUAAUGCCCCAGAACCCAAUGCUCCGACCACCAACCCUAAGGUCUCUGUUUCUGCUGACCCUACACCAUGUCAGGACCAUUCGAGUGAUGUUCCUUUGAGUCAACCUGGGUCACCCAACCAAUUAAGCUCCACUGCAGGCAUUCCAGAUGUACAACCACUCCCGGCAUCUGACGACACAACUGAUCACCCACCAGAACUUUCUCCUCAGCCAGUGGCGUCUACCUCACCUGAUUGUCUCGCAGCAGCAGAUGCUUGUAGUGUGGAUGCUAUGGCAAGCUCAGAGUCCAGUGCUGCCAUAUUCUGGGCUAGAUGUAAUGAGGCUGGAUGCACUAAAGAAAUCUUUUCUGAUCUUGUGUCUCAGCUGAGCAGCUUGGGAGAAAGAGUACAAUCACAGGAAGCCAGCCACAAUGACUACAAUGUUGCACUGAAAGUAUUGGAGGCAUCUGGACGGCUACCUGGGGUUAUUGCGCAACUGGAACAAGACUUGGAGAAGCAGGAACAGGAUUUGCAGAGAAAAAAAGCAGCACUCAGGGAUGCCAGAGCUGUACUGGGUGUCCAUAGUCUAAACUAACAAGAUUGUGCUGCAGGGGCGUAGGAACCAUUAGAACACUUUCGGAAACUUCUAGGCUCUUCCCGCUGCUUUUCAUCAAGGACUACUGGGUGAACAAUGUCAAGUUUAUUGUAAUUUUUUCAAUGAAUAAAAUGAAAUGAGGCUCCUACAGGAAAGUACAGUGCAACAUUUAUCAUGCAUCCAAGAAGACAUGGCACAAAGUAAGCUUAAAGACACAAUAAGAUGGUAGAUAUACUGUAAAUGUUUACAUUAUCAUUAUGUUACCUCACAUAAUUAAUAUCCAUUAGCGAAGGUAAUAAGAUUUACAAUGUGUUCCCCCCUCCCCACUUUUCAAGUUUGUACAAAUAAUUUUUUUUUUUUUUUUUCUUUCAGAAUUUCCUAGUUUUUAGCCUACAGUUAUUAAAAGGGCAACAGUGAAUACAUGCAUGUUGCAUUUUGUAAGUGGUAGGAUGUCUUACAGUAUAAGGUGUAACUGUCCAUAUUUUUACAAAA